CAACAUUGUCUCGUACAAUUCCAUACAAAAAUCAUAUUGAAAAUCACUGCCAUUGUACCAAAUACAUCACCUAGCUGUAGUAGCCUGAUGAACAUGGCAACCAUCUCAGCCACCACUACCUCAUCGCUCAUUUCUGCAACAAUUCUCUCACACAAGCCAUCACCGAGGUUUGCAUCUCCUGUUGUUAUCGGGUUGAAGAGAGGGAAAGUUAUGUGUUCCUUGGAGAAGAAGGAAGCUGGUGUUGUGGAGAAUGGCUCGACGAGUAUCCGUUUGAGUGGAUCGUUGUUGGCUGCCGUGUGUGCGGCGACCGUGUCGAGCCCGGCCAUGGCUCUGGUGGACGAUAGAAUGUCGACGGAAGGAACAGGGCUUCCCUUUGGAUUGAGCAACAACCUACUUGGGUGGAUUCUGUUUGGUGUGUUCGGUUUGAUUUGGGCGCUUUACUUUGUUUACACUGCCACCCUCGAGGAAGAUGAGGAAUCUGGAUUGUCUCUCUAAGGCCUAAGCCAAACUUUGCUGGGUUUUGUUAUUUUUGUUUUUGCAGAUAUUAUGUUCAAAUUAGCACUAAAACUGCUACCUUCAUGCUCAAUGUGUACUUCGUUUUGUCUGAUGUUUCUCUUUGG